GAGAUGGUCAAAGAUCUCAACUCCUUCUUCCGCGCCAUGGACUCUGAGGUCCAUCGGCACAGGAACGCGUUCAAGGUGGAGACGAUAGGGGCAGAGUACAUGGUGGCGUCCGGUGUGCCCGACAAGUGCUCGCGGCAUGCUCAGGUGCUGGCCCGCCUGUCCCUAUCACUGCAGCGAUGCGUAAAGGGGAUGACCUGGUCAUCUGGCAAGGAGGUGAGACUGAGGAUGGGGAUCCAUAGCGGCUGCUGCUUCGCGGGGAUCGCAGGCAGAGAUACGCCGAGGUUCCGUCUGUUCGGGGACACGGUAAACACGGCCGCAAGGAUGAAGAGC